AUGUUGCCACGGCUGUGUUUCGCGCUUCUCAUUUUUGCACAGGGAGCCCAACAAUUUGCAAUUGAAAAUGGUGUGGUUGGCAAGCCGGAAGUUCAUUGUGGCAUCGACAAUAUUCGAGUUAACGUCAAUACCGAGCAUCCGUUCACAGGGCGAAUCUACGUCGAUGGCGAAUCUGACAAGCAGCACUGUGUUCACCGAUCCGAAGAUUCUCACGAGGGCCAACAAUUCGGCAUUCCCAUCGGCGCUUGCAACAUGCGAAGGCAGCGCACACUACAUCCACGCGGAAUCGCCUUCUCAUUCACAAUGAUCGUCUCAUUCCAUCCAUUCUUCGUCACCGGAAUGGAUAGAGCGUUUAGUAUUCGAUGCUUCUUUCUUGAAUCCAUCAAAGGACUCAAUGCUGAAAUAGACGUCGGAACUCUUGCGCCGCAGAGUGUCGAUCAAGAAUACUCGCUUCCAGUCUGUGCUUAUCAUUUAAAAGAAGGAGUUGAAGGGCAUGUGCUGAGAUUCGCUCAAGUUGGACAAAAAGUGACACACGUGUGGAGGUGUGAUCAGGACGCCAGUCAUGUCUAUGGUAUCCUCAUUCACAGCUGUUUUGCUGAUGAUGGUCACGGCAACAAAUUCGAGCUUGUUGAUGAUCGAGGUUGCUCAACAGAUCCAUUCCUUCUUCCUCAAAUUGAGUAUGAGCCUAAUGCGAUUUCGGCAUUCACCAACGCCCACGUCUUCAAAUAUGCUGACAAAGUUCAAUUAUAUUUUACUUGCACUGUUCAAUUAUGCUAUAAGCAUGACGGGGGAUGCGAGGGAAUAACGCCACCGAGUUGCGGCAUUGAUCAUCAUUCUCAUCAUGCUUCUUCGGCAUCACAAGAACGCUCAUCAGAAGAGCAUCCGAACGAGCCUCCGAAGUUUGCGCCACACAUUCCAGAACCAGAAAUCUUCGGCCCACCAACCGGCGGACUUAAUCGUCCGGCAUUCCAACCAAUAAUUCUUGGACAACCAAAUCCAUUCAACGAAGGUGGCCAUCAUCCGAUACCGCCAUUCAGAGGACCGAAGCCAAUGAGCAACGAAGAUAAUUCUCGCAGCGCGUAUCGUCGAGACAGUCCGUUGAACGAGACCGACGUGAGCGAUGAGGAGGAAAUUGUGAUGCAGGUGGUGACGGCGAGAACCACGAUAUCGACGCCUCAGAGAACACCGGAACUUGUCACGUUCAAACCAUUGUCGUCGAAUGGAAAGACUGAAGGAACCUCGACCGCAACUCCAACUACUACCAGUGUUCAGGAACCUUUGACGACAACGGCAUCGAAGAAGCGACGAACUUCUGGAGAUAUGGAAACAGACGUUUCAGUGGAUGUCAUCGUACUUCCUGUUGAGGACAAUGAUCGAAAAGGGAAUAAUUCAGACGGCGCGGUUCCACCACAAUCCCUUUCAUUCUCAGUGUCUCCAGAAGUUUGUGUAUCGAGAACUGCUUCCGGAAUUAUGAUUGCUGCUAUCAUACUGGCCUUAUUCUGCUGCUCAACGGUCACAUUUUUCGUGACGAGACAAAGAAAUCGCGAUUAUGUGCAUAAACGACGAAUCGACAACUUUUAG